GAGGUACUAAAGGUAUGAUUCAGACCUUUCAGCCCUUUCCAGAACUUUGACCCUUUGGAGACAGGGUGGUUCUGCAGAGGGCGGUUCUGCAGGGGGCGGUCUAGCCCCUAGCUUUGUUCUGGGCAGCCCAAUCAGCUCUGGAUUGCCCAAGCUGCCCUGAAGAGCCAGCCGAAAGAGCCGGAGGCUGUUUCCCUGUGGUUGCGAGUUCCUGCAUUCUCUGCUCUAAAUCCCAGCCUGCCCUCGGGGCUGCCCACGCCCCCUUCAGAUCCUUUGCUCCGGAGAGAGACCUGUCCGAGCAGAGGCCUGGACUACAUCUCCCGGCGUGCCUGGCAGUGUGGUGGCCUCUGUGCGCCGUCUGCACUCGUUGCAGGCGACGAUGCAGAGGGCUGUAAGUGUGGUGGCCUGUCUGGGCUUUCGCCUGCAGGCAUUCCCCCCGGCGUUGUGUCGUCCACUUAGUUGCGCACAGGAGGUGCUCCGCAGGACACCGCUCUAUGACUUCCACCUGGCCCACGGCGGGAAAAUGGUGGCGUUUGCGGGUUGGAGUCUGCCAGUGCAGUACCGGGACAGUCACACUGACUCGCACUUGCACACACGCCAGCACUGCUCGCUCUUUGACGUGUCUCAUAUGCUGCAGACCAAGAUACUUGGUAGUGACCGGGUGAAGCUGAUGGAGAGUCUAGUGGUUGGAGACAUUGCAGAGCUAAGACCAAACCAGGGGACACUGUCGCUGUUUACCAACGAGGCUGGAGGCAUCUUAGAUGACUUGAUUGUAACCAAUACUUCCGAGGGCCACCUGUAUGUGGUGUCCAACGCUGGCUGCUGGGAGAAAGAUUUGGCCCUCAUGCAGGACAAGCUCAGGGAGCUUCAGAACCAGGGCAGAGAUGUGGGCCUGGAGGUGUUGGAUAAUGCCCUGCUAGCUCUGCAAGGCCCCACUGCAGCCCAGGUACUACAGGCCGGCGUGGCAGAUGACCUGAGGAAACUGCCCUUCAUGACCAGUGCUGUGAUGGAGGUGUUUGGCGUGUCUGGCUGCCGCGUGACCCGCUGUGGCUAUACAGGAGAGGAUGGUGUGGAGAUCUCGGUGCCAGUAGCGGGGGCAGUUCACCUGGCAACAGCUCUUCUGAAAAACCCAGAGGUGAAGCUGGCAGGGCUGGCAGCCAGGGACAGCCUGCGCCUGGAGGCAGGCCUCUGCCUGUACGGGAAUGACAUUAAUGAACACACUACACCUGUGGAGGGCAGCCUCAGUUGGACACUGGAAACUGAAGAUGUUGGCCGGAUGCGGUGGCUCACACCUGUAAUCCCAGCACUUUGGGAGGCCAAAGCGGGCGGAUCACGAGGGAAGCGCCGCCGAGCUGCUAUGGACUUCCCUGGAGCCAAGGUCAUUGUUCCCCAGCUGAAGGGCAAAGUGCAGCGGAGGCGUGUGGGGUUGAUGUGUGAGGGGGCCCCCAUGCGGGCACACAGUCCCAUCCUGAACAUGGAGGGUAUCAAGAUUGGUACUGUGACUAGUGGCUGCCCCUCGCCCUCUCUGAAGAAGAAUGUGGCGAUGGGUUAUGUGCCCUGCGAGUACAGUCGUCCAGGGACAAUGCUGCUGGUAGAGGUGCGGCGGAAGCAGCAGAUGGCUGUAGUCAGCAAGAUGCCCUUUGUGCCCACAAACUACUAUACCCUCAAGUGAAGCUGGCUCAGGGUGGGGCUGUCCCUUCCAGGAGUUUUGCCCCUACAAGGGGUCAGUCAAGAAGCUGAGGCAGAACUCACUGGGGGUGGGCAGUUAAGGUGGAGGCUGAUUCUAAUUGUCUGGUUGAGGAGCCACACCACCUAUUCCCCCCACCUAACUCAUGCCACUCCAGCUUCCUUCAGGACCCUGCUUCUGAGUGACGGACCAGCUCACACAAUGUCUUGUUUCAGUCCAUGAUCCCACUGACCUACUCUUGCCUGCUGGAGAGUAAUGAGAAGCUUUGGUUCUGCCAUCUCUCCCACUCUGCCAGGUGCUGGCUGUGGAGCAAAGGCUCACCUUUGCGGGGAAGAUAAAACCUGCCCAACCUACCUCACCAUGGUUUUUCACAUUGCAAAGGGUAAUAACAUGGGUAGUGUGGACUUAGGCUACCCCCUCCAGUUUGCUUUCCAUAAAUGCAAAUUGUACCUACUGCAAGUCAGGAAUGAUUGCUGACUCACAGUAGGGCUGCUAUGCCUGUGUGUAAACUUGGGGAUGGCUGAAGGAAUACAGACUCACUCUUCCACAUUCCCAAGUUGGUCUAGUGUGCUGCCCAGUGGCAAACCAUGGCAGGCUCACCACCUAUUCUGAGCUCCAGGGGUGUUGUAGGGCAGGGUGGGCUUCCUCCCAGACUUGCCUUACCCUGGGCUGACCUUUGCCCCUGGUAUGCAUUAACGGACUCCACUGAAUCCUAAAAAAAAAAAUUAAACUUCCUUCUUACUUGCCA